CGCACCGUUGUUCUUUUUCUUGCUGUCCGUCCAUUGAAGCCAUCUCGUUUCUUCAAGGAUGAGCUCGGUGGCCUGUCAUGUCCAAUGCUAUCAACUUGCGGAGCCAACCAUACGUCGCCCAUCCUCGAAAACUACCUCGCCUUUCGUCUUCACUUCCACCGCCGAAUCUUCCCCAAGUCUGUUCUUCCGUCCUCCAAUCCGAUGGCUUCUCUCCACCCUUUCAAUGCCGGCCUUCUUCGAUCCCCUCCCAAUCCCUUCGCGUCCUCCCCGAUGGCGGCGCCUACCCGCAGCCUCCCCUUCCCCUGCCGCCCCUAUCCUCCUCCUCACCGUCGUCGUCACUUCUUCCUUAGCCGCGGCGGCACCGCCCCAUCUAUCGAAAGGAGCGAGGAGAAGAAGAAGCAGAAGAAGAAGAUGCGCGAGGCGUCGGGGGAGCGGGGGGCCGUCCGCGUCCGCGUCCGGCUCGACCACCAGGUCGAGUUCGGUGAGCACGUCGCCGUUCUCGGCUCGACCAAGGAGCUCGGGUCAUGGAGGAAGCACGUGAUGAUGGAGUGGACGCCCGAUGGAUGGGUCCAGGAUAUCGAGCUUCGCGGUGGAGAAUCUGUGGAGUUCAAGUUUGUGGUUUUGUUAAGAGGGAAAAAGGAUGUGGUGUGGGAAGGCGGGGGUAACCGGGUCUUGACGCUGCCUGAGAAAGGGGCUUUUGAUAUGGUUUGCCACUGGAACAGGACGGACGAGGCCUUGGAGCUGCUAGGGACUUCUCUCGGUGAAGAGGAUGAGGAGUUGCAGAGUGCGGACGUUGAAGAUGUGUCUUUGGUCGAAGACCGUAGUUUUGAAUCGGAAGCAGGGGCGAGUCCUUUUGUCGAGCAGUGGCAAGGCAGGGCAGCAUCAUUCAUGCGGUCCAAUGACCAUGCGAGUAGAGAGACAGAGAGGAAAUGGAACACGGAUGGUCUCGAUGGUGCCGCUUUGAAGUUGGUGGAAGGCGAUCGAUCUGCCAGGAACUGGUGGCGCAAGUUAGAGGUUGUACGAGAACUUUUGACUGGCAACAUUGGAGGAAAUUGCUUGGAAGCACUAAUAUAUUCUGCUAUCUACCUGAAGUGGAUCAAUACUGGUCAAAUUCCCUGCUUUGAAGAUGGUGGUCAUCACCGGCCCAACAGACAUGCUGAGAUCUCCAGGCUUAUCUUUCGUGAACUUGAAAGGAUACACUACAUGAAGGACACUUCACCUCAGGAUGUACUGGUGAUCCGGAAGAUACAUCCAUGUUUGCCUUCAUUUAAGUCAGAGUUUACUGCUUCUGUCCCUCUAACACGCAUACGCGAUAUUGCUCAUCGGGGGGACAUUCCUCACGAUCUGAAGCAAGAAAUCAAACAUACAAUUCAAAACAAGCUUCACCGGAAUGCUGGUCCAGAAGAUUUAAUUGCCACAGAAGCCAUGCUUGCUAGGAUCACCAAGACUCCAGGGGAGUAUAGUGAUGCAUUUGUAGAACAAUUUAAGAUAUUUUACAAUGAGCUCAAAGAUUUCUUCAAUGCUGGAAGUCUCACUGAGCAGCUGGAGUCGAUAAAAGAAUCUCUAGACGAACAUAGCUUGCAAGCUCUUGCUUUGUUUUUGGAUAGCAAAAAGAGCUUAGAAAAGUUGCAGGAAGAAAAGAACUUCAUUGAAAAUGGUGGGGUUGAAUUGCUGAUGGAAACUUUGACAUCUUUAUCGGGUAUAAGGUCACUCAUUGUGAAAGGUCUUGAAAGUGGUAUUAGAAAUGAUGCUCCUGAUGCUGCCAUUGCAAUGCGCCAAAAAUGGCGUCUCUGUGAGAUUGGCCUUGAGGAUUACUCUUUUGUUCUCCUUAGCAGAUUUGUUAAUGCUCUUGAAGAAAUGGGAGGAUCGUCGUGGCUUGCACAAAAGAUUGGAUCAAAAAACAUAAGUCCUUGGACUCAUCCACUUGUUGCCCUAAACAUUGGCUUACGCCAGGUUUGGCUUUCAGGUUGGAAGUUAGAGGAAUGCAAUGCUAUACAGAAGGAGCUUCUCUCAUGGCUAGAUAAAGGCAUAUCUGAUAGAGAAGGCAGUGAGGAAGGAAAGUAUAUUUGGUCGCUAAGGCUCAAGGCUACUUUAGAUAGAGCAAGGCGGUUAACGGAAGAAUACUCUGAAGUACUUCUUCAGAUUUUCCCUGACAAAGUCCAGAGGCUAGGCCAAGCCCUUGGAAUCCCAGAGAACAGUGUAAGGACAUACACUGAAGCGGAAAUUCGUGCAGGUGUAAUUUUUCAGGUUUCUAAGCUAUGCACUCUUCUGCUAAGAGCUGUACGGGCUGCAUUGGGAUCAUCAGGCUGGGACGUUCUUGUACCUGGAGUGGCUCAUGGAACCCUUCUACAGGUUGAAAGCAUUAUUCCUGGUUCUUUGCCUUCAUCUGUCAAAGGACCUGUCAUUCUGGUUGUCAAUAAGGCUGAUGGGGAUGAGGAGGUCAAGGCUGCUGGAGAUAAUAUUGUAGGAGUUGUACUUUUGCAGGAGUUACCUCACCUUUCUCAUCUUGGUGUUAGAGCCCGACAGGAGAAAGUGACAUUUGUGACAUGUGAAGAUGAUGAUAGAAUUGCUAGCAUCCGGAAGCUUGAAGGAAAAUAUGUUAGGUUGGAGGCAUCAGCUACUCAUGUUGAAGUGUCUUUCUCAUCUAAAGAAAAUAAAGAGGCUUUGCCUGAAGAGCUAUCAAGUACUUCAACUUCAUCGAAAGAUGAACUCCCUAGCAUGCAAUGGUCAAGGGAGGUAAAACAGAACCCUUCACAUGGUACUGCUAGUGUGCUAGAGCUUUCACAGGCAGUUGCUGAAACAUCUGGUGCAAAAGCUGCUGCUUGUGGUCUCCUUGCUUCUAUGGCGACAAUUUCUACAAAAGUUAACAGUGACCAAGGAGUUCCUGCUUCAUUCGGGGUCCCUUCAGGGGCAGUGAUUCCUUUCGGGUCUUUGGAAUUGGCAGUUGAAAGAAGUGGUUCAAUCAAAUCCUUCCUAUCCCUCGUAGAACGAUUAGAGACAGCCAAACUUGAAAAUGGUGAACUUGAUAGAUUAUGCUCUGAGCUCCAGACGCUGGUUUCAGCCCAACGUCCAUCCAAAGAAACUGUGGAAGCUAUCGGAAAAAUUCUUCCAAUCAAUACCCGUCUUAUCGUAAGGUCUAGUGCCAAUGUUGAGGACUUAGCUGGGAUGUCAGCUGCUGGUUUGUAUGAAUCUGUUCCAAAUGUCAGCCUCUCAAACCCAGGUGCCUUCGGAGCAGCUGUUGGCCGAGUGUGGGCUUCCCUCUACACAAGAAGAGCCAUUUUAAGUCGUCGAACAGCUGGUAUCCCCCAAAAGGAUGCAAUGAUGGCUGUUUUGGUGCAGGAGAUGUUGUUCCCAGAUCUCUCUUUUGUGCUUCACACAGUUAGCCCUAUUGAUCGUGAUGCCAAGGUGGUUGAAGCAGAGAUUGCUCCUGGUCUUGGGGAAACGCUUGCCUCAGGAACUCGUGGCACACCAUGGAGGCUUUCAUCUGGAAAGUUUGACGGAAAAGUAACUACCCUGGCUUUUGCAAACUUCAGUGAGGAGCUAUUGGUGCUUAAUUCUGGCCCUGCAAAUGGAGAAUUUAUUCGCCUAACCGUGGACUACAGUAAGAAGCCAUUGACAAUCGACCCUAUCUACAGGAGGCAGAUUGGUCAACGUCUGUGCACGAUAGGCUUCUUUCUCGAACAGAAGUUUGGGUGUCCGCAGGAUGUUGAAGGGUGUGUGGUCGGGAAAGACAUUUUCAUAGUUCAGACAAGGCCCCAGCCAUGACCAAUCGAGAUCAACCUUGUUUCAUCGGUGAUACUGAUCGGGGAAAGAAAAGGUGAAGUGCUUUACCACCAGAGGUGAGGCUGCAAUUCGAUGUGCAUUCUGGAGCAUGGAAAAAAUUUGCAGUAGGCGAGGACACACAAACGAAAGGCUUCAUCCAUCAUUAGUAUCAGUUAAAGGUAUUGUGAAUGGGCUCGUAUGCUACUAAGUUGCUGCAUUUCUGGACUUCUCGUAGAUGCUCACGCUGGUACAUGGUGUAAACUUCACUGGAUUUUUUGGACAUCUUCCCAGUGAAAAUAGCUACAGAUGAAUAAUCCGAUGCAUGGUUGGGUUCUAUCGUUAAUAACUUGGAUGUCAGUCUGCUUUGCUACUCUGAUUUGAAUUAAUGGCAACUUUGCUGUUCCUAUUUAGUAUAAAAGAUAUUUUUUUGGUACUCUUUA